AAACAGUUCAAUGACAUUGCAGAUGGCAGUUGACGCGGUGGACGACCGGGAUGGCGGGUAGAAACUGGGCGCAGUCUCAGAAGUGACGUUGUCCUUCGAAGAUUCCCGCCCCGCUGCCUCCCAAUUGUCCCAUCUUAUAGACCGCACAUGUUAUGUUUCAUAUAGCAAUCCUACUGAAAUAGCAGCUACCUACAUUCUACUUGUCAAUCUGAAGCGGCGCAGUGGUCUCCAUACCCUUGAAUUGCGAGGUCUGCGCCGGUAUAUCGACCUCAAGCCAACGCACGACUCCUGUGGUGUGACCGAAUUCUAUCUCUCUAGCUCAAAAGAGUUUCUUGCAACCGAGAUCACGCGAGUCCUUAGUCCUACUCGGUCGCAUUUGGGCUCUUCACCUGGUAGACCCUCUCAUUGAGGUGGAACUGGCCAAGCAGCUCUUCCCUCGUCGAUUGCGCACAACACCAAGGUUAGGGGAGGAAAGCAUAAUAUCAAAGCAAUCAACAUGAUUCGCCUAUCCUACUGGAUAACGCCCGUCUUCGGGGGCAUAGUCUGGCUGGCGACCCUCCUCGCCCUGCUCCUCUACUGGAUUGUCUCGGCCGACCGAACACACUACUCCUCCAUGUCAGAGGGCCAAACCAUAGCCUACAUCAGCGACGUUGGCGCCUCCAACCUUAAGCCGCUCUUCAUCGCCGGCUGCUGCAUCACCACCGUGCUGCUCGACCUCUCCUUUGGCUUCGACCGCUGGCUGCGGCACCGGGGCCGGCUGGCGCCCAACACCACGACCGGGGAGAAGAUCUUGUCGGGGUUGACCAUCGUGUUCGCGAUUGUCGGCACCGUGGGGCUGAUCUUGCUGAGCAUCUUCGACACAGCGAGAUACCCCAAACAGCACGAUAUCUUCCUGCUGCUGUUCAUUGCGGGAUAUGUGCUGUCAGCCAUUUUCAUCUGCUGGGAAUAUUGGCGGCUGGGGAAGACUCACCGCGAGACCCGUAUUCUGCGCUACUCCUUCUACGUCAAGGUCAUCUUCAUCAUCAUCGAAGUCGUCCUCGCCAUCGCCUUCAUCGCAAGCAACUUCACAAAGCACUACAACCCGGCUGCGAUCCUGGAAUGGGUCAUCGCCUUCAUCUUCUCGGCCUACGUCUUCUCCUUCUACAUCGACCUGUACCCGGCGGCCGCGAACAAGCAGCAGCUCGAGGUGUCUAAGGGCGCCGGCGGCCACGGGCUGCAUAUGAGGCUGACGAGGGGCAGGGAGCGGGAGAGGGAGAAGCCCCGGAGGUACGACGCUGCGGGCGAGAUGGAGGAGGGCGGCAGCGAGCGGACGCUGCGCGGGUCGAACGGGGUCGCGUCUUUUGAGGGGGAUCGUGUCCAGCACGGGAGGCGGUCUAGGUCGCGCAGUAGGGUGAUGGCGAGCAAUUUCUAGGGUUUGAUCGGUGGACACCGGGAAAAGUGGCGAUGCGACUAGAUCCACGGAUUGUCUAUUGCAUGACUUGGUUGGCAUCGCGUUCGAAGCAGAAGCGAGGGUAGAAUUAGACAUGAGGCAUGAUUAGCGUGUACACGGUAAAGGGCGGUUUACGAAAGGCGUUGGGCACUCUGCAGCAUAGGUCAUGUAGUUACGAGAAUACGUACUGUAUAAAUACUCUCACA